AUGAGCAGCUCAACGAAUUACAACUCAGUUGGGAACUUCAGCUCUUGUGGAUCAGCGUUCGUAGUGAACCAGGAGUCGUUUAAUAUCUCCGAUUACAAGCUUCCUGUCCCGGCUGAUAUGCGGAAAGAAGUUUUCUCAAGAGUUGUCCUGGAUUGGGUAGUAGAACGGGAUUUGACCUGCGAGGAAACGCAAUCGAACCGAUCGAGCUAUGCCUGCGGCGCCAACAGUUUCUGCUCUGACUUCAGGAACGUGGGUUAUCGUUGCUUCCGUGAGGCUGGGUACACGGGGAAUCCCUAUGCCUCCCCACAGUCGCCAGGAUGUCAAGUGAUUAUUAUUGCGGCAUUCUUCUUGAUAACCAUUGGUGCCUUCGUCCUUGACACAUGGAGCAGGAGAAGCAAAGAGAAGAACUUCAGACAAAAUGGAGUAGUGCUCUUAAAACACCAAAGAGUUAAAAUCUUUACUAAGGCAGAGCUAACAAAAGCAACCAACCACUAUGAUGAUGUCAAUAAGUUAGGCAAAGGUAGAUUUGGUUCAGCCUAUAGAGGGAUAAUAGCGAGAGAUACCGUGAUUGCAAUCAAGAAGCCUAAAGAUGUGCGCAAGUCCCUAGUAAAGGGGGAUUUCCAGCAUGAACUUGAGAUUGUGAUGCAAAUAAACCACAAAAACAUGGUGAAGCUCGAUGCCCUCAAAAUAGCUACCAAAGCUACUCUUGCACUAGAGUAUAUGCAUUCCUGCGUAGAACCCCCAAUCAUCCACGGUGACAUCAAGUUGGUGAACAUACUACUGGAUCAAAGUUACUCGAUAAAUAUAUCUGAUUUUGGAACUUCGGUACUUAUAUCACCAAAGCGUAGUCAUGUCGUAGCUAAUGAAAUACAAGGCACAUUGGGCUACAUUGAUCCGGAAUAUUUGACCACUGGUAUACUAAUAGCCAAGAGUGAUGUAUACAGUUUUGGAGUUGUCUUCGUGGAGCUACUCACCGGAAAGAAGCCUACAAGUUUCGUUACUAAGUCUAGAGAGUCAAUCGGUAUUAUCAUUUAUUUCAACUCUUUUGUGAAGGAUAGGACACUAUCUAAUGUCAUAAGCUUCAAGCCUGCUAGUGAAGAUGCAAUGGAGAGAGGAGGAAUGGUUGCUGAGAUUGAUGUGAAGUGA